AUGUCACCUACAGACAAAGUAGACUCUUGGUUCGCUUCUACUCCUGCUGGACCAAGCCAGUCCUCGACGUCGCGUCCGAAUACAAGGGACACAGCCUUGACCUCCCUCGCUGGUGACCAAAGCCAGCUGUCGAAUCAGAACACAGGAGACGCGUUCUUCGACCCAACUGCCACUGGCCAAAGAACACGGGACCUGUUCCUGGACUCGUUCGUCGAUGACCCGCAGCUGCCAACCGCCCAAAGGGAUGCAAGCACUAGGAUUCCCGGCUCAUUGCCUACUAAUCAAAGCAAGCCCUCAACCUCACGUUUGAGCACGAGAGACCCAUUCUUCGAUUCUGUCCCCAAGGGCCCAAGCCAGGUCUCGACUUCCCGUUGGAACGCAAGAGCUCCAGCCUUCAACGUGUGGAACUCCGCUCGAAAACAAGCCCCGGCCUCGCCUUGGAGCAAGACGGAGCCGUCCGUUAGUCCAGUGGAGAGAGUCCAAGAAAACUCCCGUCCGCGGUUAACACUGCGCAUUCCAGACACAUCCAUAGGCAGUGACAACUUUCGGAGUGCACCGCAGAUGGCGACCCAUUCCGAGAUUCCGGAUCUACAAGCCGACGCCCGUCGCACCACUGACUCUUUAGUUCCUGCAGCGAGGCCAUCCAAUCCCGGCCUCCAAGGUUCACAAAGUCCAGCAUCGUGGAGGGGAGAAAUGUUGAAUCCUGCAGCGAGACCUUUCCAAUCGAAGUUCUCAGGCCCACAGGCACCAGCAAGUCGAAACAACCACACUGUGGUGCAGCCCACAGAAGCUUCCCAUACCAAUUCCAGGGUGUGGAGCAGUAAACUGAUAGUUGAGAAAGAAAGAUGGAAGCGAGUGGAAGAAAGCCUGGGGAGGAUGAACCUGUUAAGGUCAUAUGUCGUACCCAAGACACUGAAGGAUUGGCUGGCGCACCAAAGAGGCCGCGCAGACGCCAAAAAGACACGAGAGCAGCAAAAAUUGAAGGCGCUGGUUCAAUCACCACGAGAUCCUCGUCUGCCGCCUCCCAGUCGUCUCGUCAAGAUUGGGCCUGCCUUUGGAGGGAAAUCGUUCGAGCACAAGAACUUCUGUGCCAUACUUAUGUUUCCAUCUGUCUGGGUGCGCACUUAUGAACCUCCUGCUCAGCGCCCCGACCCGCUAUGGCCAUGUGUCGAGGAGAUGAAGGAGGAGGGCGAUGAGCGAAACACCUCUGGUUUCCGUCGUUUCCCUGGGCUUCCAAGAGUUCCUGGAAACGAUACUGUCCAGUACAAGCUCAAGGCCAUCCAGCCCUUCCUGCCGUUCGAUGCCAUCUGGGAGCUGCCAACCAAAGAGAGCAUAGAAGCUGCGAAUGAGAAGUAUUCGCGGGAAGAAACCGAAAAGAUGGAGGAAUACUUGGGGAGGUCGCUAAUUGAUGCGCUCGACUGCAUCACGGAAGACAGCUUUUGA